AUGGCAUGGGGGAAAGUUUUAGUUGCUGCAGUUGUUUUCUUUCUUCAAUCCUUUCUUCUACUUGUUGCAGCUGAAGCCACUAAUACUGCAUCUGUACCAGUCACAAACAACACUGAAGCCAAAGUAAGAUGUGUUGAGAGAGAGAGAAAAGCUCUAUUAAGAUUCAAGCAAAAUCUCACCGAUCCCUCUGAUCGACUGGCUUCUUGGAUUGGCAAAGAAUGCUGCAAAUGGAGAGGUGUUUUUUGUGGCGUACAAACUGGUAACAUCAUCAGGCUUGAUCUCAAAGAUACAUCAGGCAAUUGCUAUCAGAAGAAAAUGGGAUAUUUGAUUUCAGGCAAUUUGUCUUGCUUGGGUGGCAACAUAAGUCCUGCAUUACUUGACUUGCAACACUUGGAGUAUUUAGACCUUGGUGGCAAUGACUUCCAAGGACUAGCCACUCCCACUUUCUUGGGUUCUUUUGAAAAAUUACAGUACCUUGACCUCAGCCAUUCAUCCCUUGUUGGUAUUCCUCCUUCAUUUGGAAAUCUAUCAAGUUUACAAUAUUUAAGCCUACGUGCAUAUUCCUAUCCUUAUGAUACUGUUGAAAGCAGUGUUAAAGAUUUGAAUUGGGUUUCCAGUCUGUCUUCUUUAACGUAUCUUGAUCUUUCUUAUGUGAACCUUUCUUCUGCAACACAUUGGCUUGAGUCAGUUAAUAAGCUGCCAUCCUUAGUGACUCUCAGUUUGCAAAGCAGUAGUCUUCACCGUCUCCCUCACUCCUUCCCCAACUGGAAUAUGACAAACCUUUCAAUUCUCAGUCUUUCAGGAAAUAACUUUGUCGAUUCUGUUCUGCCUAAAUGGUUGUCUAAUGCCACCACCCUUGAGACACUUGAUAUAGGACUCACCAAAAUUGAAGGUCCAAUAUCAAAUGUCGAGUGGGGUAAACUCUGUAAUCUGCGGGAGUUGUACCUAACAGAGGAUAAAAUAAAUGGAGACAUUAGCCGAUUGGUGGAAGGGUUGUCCAGCUGCAGCAACACGACCAUAGAAGUCUUAAGUCUUCCUGGAAACCGGUUGACAGGGCAGUUUCCAAAUUCAUUAGGACAUUUGAAGAACUUAAGGAUAAUUAGUAUAUCUUUUAACCAGGUAUCUGGCUCGAUUCCCACGUCUAUUAAGCAGUUGUCAAGGUUGGAAAUUUUGGAUUUGGGACAAAAUCAACUGAAGGGAGCCUUACCUGAAAGUAUAUUUAAUUUUACUGAAUUAACUCAGUUAUUCCUUGCAACAAAUGAUUGGGAAGGCACUCUUUCAGAAAAUGACUUUGCAAAACUCCAUCAGUUGAAGUUUUUAGCCAUAUCAUGUGGAGAAAGGUUUGCUGUCAACUUGAGUAGUGAAUGGAUUCCUCCAUUUAGCCUCACAUCUAUCGAGGUUAGAAAAUGUGGUUUGGGCCCUCAGUUCCCGACAUGGCUGAAAACUCAAAAGCAACUUCAGGUUGUUAUUCUUUCCGAUGACUCCAUUUCAGAUCCUAUACCUCCUUGGUUUUGGACAAUGUGCUCACAAUUGCAGCUUCUUGAUCUAUCAGAAAACGGGAUUGGUGGAAAUCUUCCAAGGUUAGUAAACUUUCCAUCAUCCCAAAGCCGGACAGUGGACUUCUAUUCUAGUUACAACGAUGGUGUUGUGGUGGACUUGAGUUCCAAUAGCUUCCAUGGUUUGUUACCUCUUUGGCCAAAUGUGACACAUAUGAAUCUUGCAAACAACCUGUUUUCAGGAUCUAUUCCCAUAAAUGUUGGUCAUGUGAUGACAAAACUCCGAGUUCUAGAUCUUUCUGGAAAUAAUUUUACAGGGUCUAUACCAUAUUCAAUAACAAGAGUUAAGCAGCUAAUGAGAUUGGACCUUUCAGACAAUCAUUUGUCUGGAAAGAUCCCUGACUGGUGGAAUGAUUUGCAACAACUUCAUGUCAUAGAUUUGUCAGGAAAUAAUCUUUCAGGGGAUAUUCCUCCUUCAAUAUGUUCACCACCUUCACUUUUUUGGUUGAGAUUGAGUCGCAAUAACCUAUUUGGAGAACUUCCACGAUCAUUGAGCAGUUGCAAAAGCUUGCUUACACUUGAUAUCGGAGAGAAUAAAAUCAAUGGCACCAUACCUGAGUGGUUCGGAGAAAGCCUCUUAUCUUUGCAAAAGCUUAGCAUGAUGGACAACAUGAUUGGUGGACGCAUUCCAACCCAACUUUGCCAACUUUUUGGCCUUCAAAUUCUUGAUCUUUCCCAUAACAAUUUGACAGGUCCUAUCCCUUCCUGCUUGGGAAGUUGGAGAGCUCUUAAGUCCGUGAAAUUUUACAAGUGGCAUCCCAAUUACUACCAUUUCAGCUAUGUCUUUACACCCAAGAUGGAGUUGGUUAAGAAAGGAACAAGGAUGACAUACACUUUUACCAUAGAUCAAGUGAAUCUUAUUGACCUUUCUUUCAACAACCUUGAUGGAGAAAUCCCGAAUGAGAUUACAGGUCUCUCAGCCUUGGGCACUCUGAAUUUAUCUGGGAACCAAUUAUCAGGAAGAAUUCCAGAGGACAUAGGGAGCAUGCAGCAAUUGGAGACACUGGACGUAUCCUCUAACCAUCUCUCAGGUUCUAUCCCAUUGAGCAUGGCUUCCAUCACUACACUGAGCUAUCUUAACUUGUCAUAUAACAACCUUGGUGGCCCUAUCCCGUCAAAAAACCAAUUUGGAACCUUCACUAAUCCUUCAAGUUUUGAAGGUGUGGCGUUUGUCUCCAUAGUAGUAGAUUUUAUUGCAGUAACUAAAGGAGGAGUCGUAGAUUUGUCAUGGAAUUAUCUUUCAGGUGGUAUUCCUCCUUCAGUAUGUUCAUCACCUUCACUUUUUUGGUUGAAAUACUUAAGCAACCACAAAAGCUUGCUUACACUUGAUAUUGGGGAUUACAAAAUCAAUGGCACCAUACCAGGGCGGUCCAGAGAAUGUCUCUUAUCUUCGUGCAGGCUUAGGCAAGAAGCAUCGCUUGCCUGGAAAAGGCUGCUGAUAAUAGCUGCCAUGGCAAGAAGCAUUGCUUGUCCUGGCAGACAAGACGUGAAGUUGCUGACAAUCAAAUAA